CCGGCCUGGGAUCCCGGGCUGUGACGCCUCCCGCCCGUCUAUCGUCCCUACUGCAUCUGCCGGGUCUCGGGGAAACUAACACGAAACCGCACCGGAAGGGCGGGUCGUACGGAGAGAAUUCCCUGAGUGCCAUCAGAGUCUCAGCAGGAGCCGACACGCUGAAGGAGCUAGGGGCCAGCAAGAUGGCAGAUGAGGCCUUAGCUGGGCUGGAUGAAGGAGCCCUCCGAAAACUGCUGGAGGUCACAGCAGAUCUGGCAGAGCGGCGGCGGAUCCGCUCGGCCAUCCGGGAGCUGCAGCGGCAGGAGCUAGAACGAGAGGAGGAGGCUCUGGCGUCCAAACGGUUCCGUGCAGAACGGCAAGACAACAAGGAGAACUGGCUACACUCUCAACAGCGGGAAGCUGAGCAGCAGGCUGCCCUCGCACAGUUGGCAGGGCGGCUGGAGUCCAUGAAUGAUGUAGAGGAGUUGACCACACUGCUCCGGAGUGCCGGUGAAUACGAGGAGCGCAAGCUGAUCCGGGCUGCCAUCCGCCGGGUGCGAGCUCAGGAGAUUGAAGCUGCCACCUUGGCCGGGAGACUGUGCAGUAGACUUCCCAGGAGCGGCUCCCAAGAGGACAGCAGGAGGCCAGCAGCACACAGAUUGGACCCUGGUAAGGUGACAGAGCAACAGGAGCGGCAGACAGAAACUCGAGAGCCAACCUCAAGCCCUGAGGACAGCAGCCGGGAUGUGACCACAGUGACACUCCUGCUGAGGGCCCCGGGCUCACCUGCCUCCCCCGAUACUUCUCCCAGCACUGCUUCUUCUCAGCCUCUCCCAGAGCCUGCUGGAGCCCAGUGUCCUACUGCUGAGGCCCCAGACGGCCCCGAGCCGCUUCCUCCCUCUCCGGGAGCCCCCAGCCCUGAGCCCCCCAUGUCACCAGCACCCCCCAGCUCUCGGGGACAGGUCAUCAGCAAGCCCCUGCCUGGCCCCGCAGAGCCCUCUGAUACCUUGGGCCCCGCCAGAGGCUCCUCCAACAGUAAGAGAGCAGACCCAGCUGAACGGCAACCCUGCCGGCGCUCCCUAUCUGUGCUCAGUCCCCAACAGCCAACCCCAAAUCGAGAGCCAACCCCCCUUGCAGGGCCGUCCCAGUUCCAACGGGCUGGCUCUGUCAGAGACCGAGUGCGAAAGUUCACGUCUGACUCUCCUGUGGUUGCCAGGCUCCAGGAUGGCCCAUCCCGAACAGCCCUCACUUCGCUGACCCCCACAAGGCUCCCGGGCCCUUCCCUCAUCACUACCACCUCUGCCUCCUCCUCCAGCAACUCCUCCUCUCGAGGUCCCAGUGACACUUCCUCCCACAAGAAGCAAACAGAACUCGCUCAUUCCCUGGCCCAGCUUCAGAGCUGCCCUCAAGAGGAGGGCCCUAGGGGGCGGGGCUUGGCUCCCAAGUCCCUUGAAAACAGAGCAGGGGGGCCCAGCCCCUUCUCAGAAGAGCCCAGUACUCCACUGCCCGUGGCCAUUGGCACUGGGGAGCCAGGGGGCAGUAUGAAGACUACAUUUACCAUUGAGAUCAAGGAUGGCCGUGGUCAGGCCCCCACAGGCCGCGUUCUGCUGCCCACAGGCAACCAGCGAGCAGAGUUGACACUGGGAUUGCGGGCGCCCCCAGCCCUUCUCAGCACCAGCAGUGGGGGCAAGAACACCAUCACCCAUGUUGGCAGCCCUGGGACUGUGACCCGGCUGGGCAGUGUCACUCACGUCACCACCUUCAGCCAUGCCUCCCCUGGUAACCGAGGAGGCUGCAACUUUAAGGCAGCUGAGGAUACUGGGACCCCUGUGGCCCACCCGCCUGCCUUUAGCACCCGCCGCAGCUCCUCUGCGGGACCUUCUCGCAGCAGCAGUCUUAUGGAGCCAGAUCCGGCAGAGCCCCCCUCUGCGACAGUGGAAGCAGCUAAUGGCACAGAGCAGGCCCGAUCGGACAAAACCCCAGAGAGGCGGAGCCCCCUGAGUGCAGAGGAGCUGAUGGCCAUUGAGGAUGAAGGAGUCCUGGACAAGAUGCUGGACCAGACGACGAACUUUGAGGAGCGGAAGCUCAUCCGGGCUGCUCUCCGUGAACUCCGACAGAGGAAGAGAGACCAGAGGGACAAGGAACGAGAACAGCGACUACGGGAGGCCCGGGCCCGGCCGGGGGAGAGCCGAAGCAAUAUGGCUACAGAGACCACCACAAGGCACAGCCAGCGGGCCGCUGAUGGCUCCGCUGUCAGCACAGUUACCAAAACUGAGCGACUCGUCCACUCCAAUGAUGGCACACAGACAGCCCGCACCACCAUGGUGGAGUCGAGUUUCGUGAGGCGCAUGGAGAAUGGCAGCAGCAGCAGCAGCAGCACCACAGUCCAAACCAAGACCUUUUCUUCUUCCUCCUCUUCGUCCAAAAAAAUGGGCAGCAUCUUUGACCGAGAGGACCAAACCAGCUCACGUCCUGGCAGCCUGGCAGCCCUUGAGAAACGCCAGGCAGAGAAGAAAAAAGAGUUAAUGAAGGCACAGAGCCUGCCCAAGACUUCAGCGUCCCAAGCUCGCAAAGCCAUGAUUGAGAAACUAGAGAAGGAAGGUUCUGCCGGCAGUCCUGGAACACCCCGUACAGCCGUACAGCGUUCUACCAGCUUCGGGGUCCCCAAUGCCAAUAGCAUCAAGCAGAUGUUGCUGGACUGGUGCCGAGCCAAGACCCGUGGCUACGAGCACGUGGACAUCCAGAACUUCUCCUCCAGCUGGAGUGAUGGGAUGGCCUUCUGUGCCCUGGUGCACAAUUUCUUCCCUGAGGCUUUUGACUAUGGGCAGCUUAGCCCACAAAACCGGCGCCAGAACUUUGAAAUGGCUUUCUCAUCCGCUGAGACGCUGGUGGACUGUGUGCCCUUGGUGGAGGUGGAGGACAUGAUGAUCAUGGGCAAAAAGCCCGACCCCAAGUGCGUCUUCACCUACGUGCAAUCGCUGUACAACCACCUGCGGCGCCAUGAGCUGCGCCUGCGCGGCAAGAAUGUCUAGCCACUCUGCUCACACCGCCAGAGCUGCAGGCUGCUGUCCCCACGACCCCAGCACCGUUCCCUUCCCAGUGCGCCUGCCCACCGCUGCCCGGUCUGUCGGAACACCCCUCCCCCUUGUACACACGCAGCGUUUUGAUAAAUUAUUGGUUUUCAACGA